AUGUGUAGAGAAGAUGAAUCUGAUGUUGAUAUCGAUUUGGAAGAUGCUCCUUCUUCAUCAACACCGAUGAACGAAUCAAUGGUGACAGAGCUAGCGUACUCUAGUAGAGAAGAUGCUGAUGAUAUCAAAAUACUAAUUGCAACAGACAUACAUGUAGGGUAUGGAGAGACCAAAGCCAACAGGCAUAUGGACUCUAUUAGAACUUUUGAAGAAGUUUUACAAAUCGCUGUUGAAAAGAAAGCUGACAUGGUUCUGCUUGGAGGUGACUUAUUUCAUGAAAAUUUACCUACUCGAGAAAUGCAACUGCAAGUCGUUCAGCUAUUACGACAGUAUUGCAUGAGUGAUAGAGAAGUAUCGCUCGAGUUUCUAUCCGAUCCUUCAGUUAAUUUCAAUCAAAGUCGUUUUGACAGAGUCAACUAUGAGGAUGGUAACCUCAAUAUCGGAUUACCGGUGUUUACAAUUCAUGGAAAUCAUGAUGAUAUGGCAGGAAAGGGACUCACAGCUUUGGACCUCCUUCACGAAGCAGGUCUCAUAAAUUUAUUCGGGAAAUUUGAAAAUAUUGAUAAAUUUGAGCUUUCGCCGAUUUUGUUACGAAAAGGUGAUACAAGAUUAGCCUUGUUUGGAAUGGGUAGUCAACGCGAUGAUCGCUUAUGCCGAGCAUUUCAAAAUGAGUCGAUAAAGUUCCUGAGACCGAGAGCGGGAGCCGAGGACUGGUUCAAUCUGCUUGUUCUUCACCAGAAUCGUCCGAAAAGGUCUAACACUCGAUCAACGGGAGCAUACUUACCUGAACAGUUUAUCCCAUCGUUUUUUGAUUUGGUUGUUUGGGGACACGAGCAUGAAUGUAAAAAAGAAUGCCAAUAUGUUUCUUCAUCGGAUGCCUUGGGCGAUGGGUUUUUCAUUUUACAACCAGGGUCAACUAUAGCUACCUCCUUAACAAAAGACGAAGCUCUCCCAAAGCAUGUAUUUUUGGCUAAGAUCAGAGGACGAAAGUUCCAGUGCAAACCAAUUCCUUUGCAAACGACUAGACAGAUUAUAUGUGAUGAACUGAUAUUGGACACAGUGCCCAAGGGUGUGCGUCUACCUGUCGGAGGAAUACGUCCAUCAGGAGACCCUUUUGUGGAUGAGAUUGCCGUUUGUGAGAAAAUCAAAGAAUUGAUAGAAAAGGCAGAGAAAACAAGAGGUCCUAAACAGCCUAAGUUACCCUUGAUUCGAUUGAAGGUUCUCUACGCCGGUGCGUGGGCAGGAAUGCAUCCUAUUAACGUUCGUAGAGUUGGCGCAAAGUUUGAUGGACAAGUUGCUAAUGCUGUUGAAAUGAUCGUCACUAAGCUGGUUGGAGAUAAGAAAAAAAAAGAGGAGAAAGACAAACACCUAUCCAAUCAGCCUACCACAGCCGUAACGGCGUCGAAUGUGGAAGAAGUGAUUUUCAAAUAUUUUGAAGAGCAGCCCUGGGAAGAUAGGCUCACUGUGCUAACACAUGGGUCCGUAGGAUCAGCUCUUGAAGCAUAUGCUGAGGAAGAAGUAUCAGCUGUACGAGCGAACAAGGAGUUUGAGUCUUGUAUUUCUACUCACGUUGAUCAAAUACGUUCAAAACUCAAACAGAUGCCUGUUCCUGAUAUUAAGUGCUGGGAAGACAUACAGUUUGAGCGCUUCGAGAAACUUAUAACUGGUGACAUAAUGGAGCUGAAAAAAAUGAUCUAUAACGAAGACGCAAAUGAUGAGAGCCAAAUGGAAGACUCUUGA